AUUUGGAACCGUUGGCUUUGCCUUUUAGUGUGAACGGAAAACGUUUUGAAAACGGAUCUUUUCGAAACGCUAACGUGACGAUAACUUGAUGCCAUUUCCCUGCCCGCAUUUUCCUCAAACACAGAUCCAAAAUGACCAGUGAUUGCUGCGUUUUCAAAUUUCUCCGGCUUAGUGUGGACCGAAAACAUUUGAUGCUUUUUCAAAGUGUAAACUUCGCUUACAAUUUCUCAGACUUAGUUAGACGGGGCGUAAGAAUUGAACGCUUGACAUUCAUUUACAUUCAAAUGUAGAGACCUCAAAUUGAUAAUGUUUACAGGCAAUGCGUGCAUUUCUGCAUAUGUGUUUUGUAGUAUCACUCGAGUAAUGUUUGAAUGUACGUCGUCUUUCUGUUUCACUCGUGUGCUUGUUUCAAUAUGCGGGAGAUCGAAAGUUCGAUAUUCAAUUAACUGUAAGGAAUCAGUUUUUAUCUUAAAGGACGCUUAACGUCGCAGAUGCUCAAAUAAAUUUACAUUUAUUAUUAGAGUCGUACACGUGAGAACAAUUUUCAUUUUUCCCUGGUCUUCAAAAAGUCUGUUUUUCUUGUCAUUAACCCGCACCACGUCACGCUUUGGAAGAAACAGUUUUCUAUCUUUUAUUCCACGUGAUUUAUCACUGUCGUUCUCUUUAUUGCUACCAAAUAAAGGAGUAGGAAAAUCGAGACAUAUCAUAUCACCACUUUUUGCUUCGUAACCCGGGUUUCGUAAGUGGAAAAUUGCUAAAACGUAAGGUGCUGAAACCGGAUGGAACCGGGAUGAAAUUUCAGUCUUCCCUAAGGAAAUGAAAUUCGCCUUGUAAGUGGCCCUUCGCUGAAAUGAUCAGAGUAUGCGUUUUCUCCUUAUUAGGGAAAGUGCCUCUCGCCUUUCCUUCAGCUUAUUCUAACAAAAGGCAAGUUCUCUGGUGUACGUAGUGAUCAGUAAUCAGUUGAAGUAGAGUACUGUACAGUGACGACGAGAUGGAAAAACAAGCAUUAACUGCCUUUCACCGCUGUCUCAUCUAUCUUCUGAUUUGUUUUGUGGGCAUCCUGGCAGUUAUUCCUCCAAGAACUAAUAGUGUUUACGUCUCCCAAGCCAACGGAACCGACGGUCCGACCUGUGGCAGCCAGGACGCCCCUUGUAAGACAUUGGUGCAUUCAUUAUUACACGUUGUCAACAAAGGAUCACUCUUCUUGGAUGGAACAGGCACCAGUAAACACCCCUACACAUGCAACUCAUCUACGCCCGUUUUGAAGAUAAGUUUAACCAUUUCCAGCUGGUUGGCAAAAGGUCCACAAGCGAACGUUUCGUGUGAGAUUUCGUUUCAAUGGCCCUCACAAAACGCCCCUACACCAUUUCCAGGGUCUCCUUUCAGCUCGGUUAACUCGGAGGUGACAGAACUGCGAGUCGCUUUAAAGAACUUGUCAUUUGUUAAACUCGGACGUGACAGAUGUGGUGUUCGAUGUUUCGGAUUUUGCUCUGUUGAAGUUUUGGGCAGCACCUUUUCCCACUGUGACACAGCUCUGUUCUUGCAGUCGAACUGGAGCGGUGUCUAUAGUUGGUCGCUCUAUCUGAAUGUCAGCAACACCACAUUCUACAGCAAUGGGGCAGCCAUCGAUGUUGGAAGUGCAGGGCCCGUGGUAAUAUCCAUUGCUCAUUCUAAUUUCCGUCGCAAUAAGCCGCAGCCGGUUAUAAAAAUCAGUAGCCUCAACGCGGACAGUGAUACACAAAUUCAAAUUCACAUUCACGACUGCGUCUUCCAAGAAAACGCUAAUGCAAGAUUUUUCCCUGUCUUAACCAGACUUUCUGAAUGGGGUGACGGCUAUUUGAUAGCCAUCCUUUCCCGCCAGUCAAAAUCAGUUGGAGUCGUAAAUUUCUGCAGAAGUAAUUUUUUUUCUAACGUUGGAGGUGCCAUUUACGUAAAUGGUUGUUUUGACUCGUCGUUUGAAAACCUUUCAAUGGAUGACACAUUAACAAGUGCACUGAGAGUUAUUAACAACCUCGCGUGUUCCAGAAGGAUUACAGUCCAAAUGAAACAUUGCUUGAUAAAUGGAACACUCAGGGAUAGAGAUCCUUAUCCUAUGCUUGCUAUGACGUCAGAGCAGGUCACAAUGUCAAUGGAUAACGUGACGAUGCAAUCUAACAAGGGUUUUGCAUUUUACUUUUCUGCCAAAAAAGGAACUCUGCGCAUGAACAAUUCAAUUUUUGUAAAUAACUCCGCAACAAAUUUUUAUAAGAACUUGUUCGCAAUUUCAAGGAAUCCGGAAAGUAACGAUGGACUGAUUGAUCUACCCGGGAUUCCUAUAGAGAAGCAAAUCUUCAGAGCAAACGAUCUGGUAGAAGUGGAUUUUCAAAAUACAAUAUUUUUGAAAAACAGAGGACUUGCGUCGAUAAUUAGGCUAUGGCAGACUUCGACCAGAUUUUUAAAUGUAACUUUCAAAGAUAACAUUGUCGAGGGGCGAGGCGGCGAUAUUUCUAUUGGCAACAAUAAUACGGUUUCUCUCCGCAGCAGUCGAUUUACACGAGCUCAUCAGCUUCACUGUUAUUACCCAUCCGCCUUUCUUUAUUCUGAUCUUGAAUCACACUCAUCUCUCAGUAUCCACAAUUCAAGUUUUGAACCAAAUUCUAGUAAGUUUGAAUUAUCGACGAUAUUGGAUCUGAGGUCCGGGAUAAAAAUUAGUACAGACGACACGUCCAAUAUAACGUGCCUGUUCGAUCGAGUUCUGCAAAGCACGACAAACGUAACAACAGACGCUGCAAACCUUACAAAGGACGAUUACAAAGCCAGUUGUAAGAGAUGCCAAGCUGGAUUUUAUAGCCUGGAAAGAGUUUUCUUCAUCACAGAUGCUGCAGUUAAUACGGACGGAUGCCUUCCUUGUCCCUACGGAGGAAACUGCUCCCACGGCAUCGUUGCAAGACCAAACUUCUGGGGUUACCGUGUGCCAAAACAUCCACCAACAGUGGUGUUUAAUAUUUGCCCUCUCGAGUAUUGUGGCCCAAAGAUAGCAUCCGAGGUAAUUUCGAGCUAUAAUAGUUGCUGUGGCUACAGAAGUGGUAUCCUUUGUGGACACUGUCGUGAAGGCUACACAGAAGCCAUGUUUUCUACUGAAUGCCGAGAAAAGGAGACCUGUAACGAUUACUUGUUCUGGUUCUUCAGUGUAGCAUACGUUGUCUGCCUUUCAUUUCUUCUCUUGAAACGACCUCUAUUGUUUGAAUUCCUUUGGAAAAACAUUGUUUGGUUUCGACGCAGGGACGGUAGUACUUCUCCCACGUAUACAGCUCUGUCGGAUCUGCAAAACGGUAAUGGCAAGGCUCACUUUGAUCAUGCAGUUGUGAAGACAAUCUUUUACUUUUACCAGAUUGUCGAAUUGCUACUGAUCACUACCUCAUCAGAAGACCUACUGAACAGAGUCAAAUUCAUUCGUCCGUUGAUCUCUGUAUUUAAUUUUAAAAUACAGUCAUGGAACGAGAAAUUUGGUUGCCCUUUCCCUGGGCUUACAGCAGUUACCAAACAACUAUUUACCAGUUUGAAGGUGUUUGCAACUAUCACCUGCAUCUCGAUAACUUGCUUAAUUCAUAAAGCAUUGAGUUGCAUUGGAUAUAUCCGCCCUCCUCGUUUCACCCUCUACCUGGCGGCUGGAGUGGAAACCUUGCUGCUUGGUUACGAAAGGCUUACAGACGUGUCUUUAAGCUUGUUAAAGUGUGUUCCAGUUCACUCGGAAUCUCGUCUCUUCUUGGACGGAAACAUCCAUUGUUGGCAGUGGUGGCAGUAUGUCCUGAUUUCUUACAUCGUGGUGUUCGUUGUUCCUUUCAUAUUCGUGCUGUACUGGGGCUCAAGGAAAUUGGUUCAACAGAGUGUCUCGACCAAGGAGCUCGCCCUGGCAUGCAUUAUGCCUUUGCCGCUUCUGUGUUACUGGGCCAUUCGAUGCUGCUUCAAAAAGAAACUGGCUCUUCGGAGAUGGCAAGAAGACAAUGAGGAUAUUAAAAUGGUUCUGCAGGCACCUUUUCGACAGCCCGUAGAAGACGACGAAGGAACACUGUACUGGGAAAGCGUUUUAAUCGGACGUCGUCUUGUCCUCUUGGUUUUGCAUUCCUUCAUAGCAGACCCAAUGCUGCGACUACUUUGUCUUGACUUUGCAUGCAUGGCCAUAUUCGUGCACCAUUUGUGCAAGAAACCUUACAGAGACACCAUAGCCAACGCUUGUGAAACUAUCUCUCUUGUCGCCUUGAUUAUCAUCGCGACCUUUAGCUUAGCAGAAGCAUCGCUAGUCUCUGAAGGAAUAGAAGUCAGUGGUCCCGUGGAAACAGUUUUUCGGGUCUUUGCGUGGAUAGAGCUAGCUUUUAUCGCGGUAGCACCUGCAUGUCUUUGUGUUCUAAUUUCCUUAGCUGUGUUGUCGCAGUUGUUUCGCUUAUUCUUCCAUGCCAUCAUGUUUUUCAGAGGGCAGAAAGCUCAGUUCCUGGAAUUACGAAGUCCUCUUCUUUAGUCGCUGUGCAUGUAGCGAGCACAGGUUCAUCAAAUUGACAUGAUGUAAUCCUUUUUUUUAUGUAAACUACAGAAAAUGAAUCUCCAGGAUUUAUUUCACUUACAAAAAUCGUAUCUCGGAUAGGUAGGUAACAGUAAAAAAGGUAAAAUCUGCAUACGAGCCGACUGGCCCGUACGUCUGACCGGAGCUUAUCCCCGUUUCUGUAGCAUGAAGCUACCAGGGGUAUUUCUACUCACCCCUGGAUGGAAUGCUAGUCCAUCGCAGUGUUACCUCCAGUAUAAAAUUCGCCGGUAUCCAUUUAUACACCUGGGUGGAGAGAGCCACUGUGAGCAUAAAAUGUCUCGCCCAAAAACACAACACUAUGUCCCCGGCUAGGACUCUAACCCAGACCGCUCGAUCCGGAGACGAGCGCGCUAACCAUGAGGCCACCGCGCCUCCCUCUCGAGUAGGAUACCUCCGAAUGUUUCAAUGACCUUAUUACCCGAAAAAAAAUUACACAAUGCGUGUUGUUCAAACGCACUCAAAUUGCAGUAAAAACAAAAACGUC